GAUAUUCGAGCCAGUCGGCCAGUCAGUGUUUAGGUAGUAUUUCAGAGAAAUAAAUUAUUGUUUGUGUUUCUUAGUUAUUUAUACAGUUAGAUAACUACCAAAACAUCAAAAUAAUUCUGUGGAAGUGAUUCAAACGCUUUGCAAGCAUUCAAUUUUUACUGUUUUGUUUUUCAAGGCAACAAAACAAGGCUAGUGAGAAACGAAUACAAAUGAAAAUACGCCUUGUCUCGAUACACCAGGGAUCAAAUAACAAAAAGACUAAUUAAGUGUCAGACAAAACCAAAACAAGCGUUGAAGAAAAAAUAGUUUGGUCACAAAUUGCACAGUCUUUUUCCUGGUUCCUCCUGGAUCUGUUGAAAAUUGACAGAUUUCUCGAAAUUUGUGAGCUAUGCUAACCGCUUUCAUAUGAACUUGUGCUACAUAUUUCCCAACUAAGCCAGUGACGAACUGGGCCAAGAUCUGAAACAACAACAUCAUUUAUUUCGUCGUAGUUUAAAUAUGAAAAUAUCGGAAAAAUAAACAAACAAGGGAACAACUGCUAUCUAAACUGCUAAACCAUGGAUCCUAAACAAAUAACUGCACUAGCGAAGUUAUUGAGAGAAAGUGGCGAUAAAGUGUUGAAUUAUGAAUACAAACUAUCGCUAUCAGGAUCUUUACUACGGGCAUUGAAUGACUCGUUUAGUUUAAUUAUAGAUAAAAAUGAACUGCUUCCGCCUCAAAGCUUUCAAGUUGUGAAACCCAACAAUGCGAAAUCGGGAGUAUUCCGGGAUAUACAGUUCAUAUACGAUUUCGUGCAGAAAACGGUCAUACUGAGCUUAAACCAAUUUAUCAACGAUGAUCUGUAUGAAUUUGAGGUUGAUAUAACAAAAUUCAGGAAUCUUAGAAAACUAGAGAUUCAAAAGAUACCAAUUAGCCAAAUCGUAGGAAUACAGCAAAUCAGAUCUCAAAUCAAUGAAAUUACGUGUAUCCGGAGUAUAUCACAUGUCAAAGAUAUAGUUACGUCAUGUGGAGGAGACAACAGCAAUGGAUUCACGUGGAAUGAACUUCGAUCAGCCAAUUUUUCAUAUAACAUGUUGGACUACAUUGAUAGCUCCCUUGAAUUCACUCCGUGGCUGGAAAAUCUUAAUUUAAGUCAUAACCAGAUUGUUAGCGUACCAGCAAUCAAGUGGCUUCCUAAUUUGCGCGUCCUAAAUUUGAGUUUCAAUCGCCUCACUCAUAUUCCAUCGUUUCAUCAGGAUGCACUGAAGAAAUUGCAAGUGUUCCAUAUAUCGAAUAAUUUUAUCGAAGACCUGUCCGGAGUAUCACGACUGUUGGGUUUAAGUGAUUUGGAUCUUUCUGGAAAUUGUAUGAUCGAUCAUACAGUGCUGUUACCGGUGAGCACGCUAUCUGCGCUCAGUUGUCUAAAUCUGAAGGAUAAUCCGUUGGCGUGUCACCCAAAACAUCGGCAAGCGACUGCUCGAUAUCUAAACAAAAAUGUGGCCGGCAGAAAAUUUUUGCUUGACGUUGAACCAUUGUCGAAGUACGAGAAGACACUGGUUGGUAACUAUGAUAGCUAUCGUGCUAUUCUAGUUCCACGAAGUCCAGGCAGUGUUACCUCCAGCGCCUUCAGUACCCCAACAAAUAAAAGUGUAAUAAAUACACCAACUGGAAGUCUUACCUCGAGGAGCAGCUUCAAUAUGGAUUUGAGAGAUGCUAUGAGUGCUUCAAUCGUUAGCCAAAGAAGGAUAAAGGUGCGCCGAGCGGUAAUUUCCGAUAAUGAUAUGGGAGAUGCUAACCAGCACCUUGAAUCUAAAGCGGAAUCAGAUACUGUGGCAAAGGGUUUAGAAACCAAUCAAGAUCAUUUAGAAACUAAGAAACAAAUCGAGAGUCUCCGCAAACAAUAUGGCAGCGAAUGGCUGCAAAAUCAGGCCGGGGACAUGGUUAAAAACGUAAUCGGUUAUGACUCCUCGGUCGAGAAAAUCUACGAAAGUGCAAUGCACUACGAAAACGAAAUUCAGAUUAUGAAAAAAAACGACCACUCGCAAGCAUCCGAGAGAGGCACCGUUGAUAGUAUUUUAGUGUGUAAUUCUAAUGAAACUGAACAUAGCAUCAGAACGUCAACACCCGAGGAACGCGAUCGAACCGUUCUGAUGGAACCAUGCGGGUCACCUAUAGCAAGGCAAUUUGAUGGCCGCGCGAAUGAAUCCGAUUUCAAAAGCGUCAAUAAUGAAAGUGAUUCGAAUUACCAAUCAGUUAACGAUACCACCGGCGAAACUACGCGACAUUCGCUAGAUUUGAACAAUAUUUACGGUAACGCAGUGGAACUAGAAACAGAUUCAGACGAUGAUGACAACGCAGUCAGCUACACAGUAAAAAUUAAAGGAAACUCAAUGGAAAUCGACCUUUCCGUUUCGGAAGCAUGGAUUCGUGAAAAAUAUAAUGAGAAAACGAAAACACGAUGGAGUAUCAAAACACUCGAAGCAUGCGAACGCUCAACCUCAACCAACAUAAUUCUCUUGUUUGAUACAAUAAAGAAGGAUAAGAAAAUGCGAACUUAUGAAUCGGACGAACAGAGUUGUCAGAGGUUGGAGAAACAAUUGCGGGAGAUGCUGUCCAAAAGACCGCUAUCAGAAAUGAAUCAAAAGUUGUUUAAAUGUGUAGUUUGUAACGCAAAGUUUUCUAGAGAAAUCGAUACAAACAAGACGUUCGAUGAUCUUCAGUGUCCUGAAUGCAAUGGUGGUUAUUGUAUUGAAAUUAAAGACUCUCCACCGAAGCGUUUUUUGGCAACAAAUGACUCGACAAAAAGUGACAUAAUUGUGCGGACAGACGAAACGAAUGAAUCCGCUCCGGCGAUGGCAGGAGCUUCAGGUCUAGGAGCAACAUUCAAGAAGAGUGACUCGAAAAGUAGCAUCGUACUAUCAGAUGCAUGGAGGUCACCGAUCAUUUAUAAACCGAGAUCUGCUGGCUCGUUGAACGAUUCUUCUUCCUGCUCCCGGAUCUCUCAAACGAGUAGUUCGUGUGAUUCGAACCAAAGCGUUGCUGGCAGCACUAAUUCAGAGCGGGAUAGAGAUCUUGAUUUAUUGGGGAAUGAAAGCGACAUCGAAAUUCUUAGUAAUCCUAGCCAAAGUAGUAUAGAAGUUCUGUCACGUGGGUUUAUCCCUAGCAGAAAACACUCCGAGGAUAAUCAAAGUAUCCAAGUGAAAGAUGAGGAAACAAUGCAUGAUGACAGUGCAACGACGCUUAUCAGCCAAGAAACGUCCACCCAUGAUCUUAUGACAAACCCAACGAAUAGCGAUAUUCCCAAGAUAGAAUGCCCGAGCAACACGGUGAAUACAGACGUUACGCUCAACACAACCAAAUCGGUACUCUCUCAGAAGAAAUCUUUCCUAACAGGAGUUAACCUCACAGAAAGUAGUUCUUCCGGUUCCGUUACGGAUAGCGUGUGCACAGCGUAUGAAUCAAUCAAAGAGCAAAAACAGGGAACUUCAUCGGGCUCGAAAUCAGAUGGCGACAUAUCGAAAAAAGAUGCACAAGCGGAAAAAUCUGUCGCUAAACUGGAAUCCUCGAUGAUCGGCACCAUGCUUGGCGGCAUCAUUCAAUCCACCAACAUGUUAAUGUCGCGAACUCCAAAAUUGAAUAAGGCGGAUUCUUCGUUGAAGUUAACAUUCGAGCCCAUGCGAUACUCUUACACAGAUUUUGCCAACGUAGAUCAUCGCUUGAAGCUGUAUCUGUACCAGAAUCUGUUCGAAGAUGCGAACGAAUCGUUGAAGUGGCUGGUGUCGUGUGUCAUUUUCAAUGAAAAUCAGCUGGACGAAUGGCCCACUGGUUUCGAUGGAUUAUUCAUCAUGUCCACGACUAAGUUCUAUGUGAUGAAAAAAGUCGCUGCAGAGAAUGAUGAUCCAUCUACAUGGCUGAAGAAACAUAUUUCUGGAACAAUAGAUAGAGUCGGGAUCGCACAAGUUCUACCAUGGAAGAUUGGGAUGAAGUUUUACAUCAGUGCCAUUGGUGGAAUUCAUAUAAUUUUACAAGAUAUUCUGAGGACUGACUGUCUGAUAUUAUUUUUCGCUGAUAAUCCACUCCCGGAAUACUGCACAUUUGACUCUCAAUCGUCGGAGAUAUUGAUGGGAAAGCUCAAUAAGGCAACAAAAGGAGACAUCGUUAAAAUUCUAACGAUGGUAAACUUUUGCGACGUCCUAUCCGAUGAUGUGCUGCAGAGCAUGCAGAUGUCUACCUUGUUAUUGACCGACAAUCAUCUGUAUCUGGCUACUGACAUAAAGUGGCUCAACGAAAACAGCAAAUACCAAAUCGAACCCAAAUAUACGCAGCUAAUGUCGAACUUAGUUGAACUAGAAGACAUUAACGACCUUUCUUGCCGGCUCAAUUUCAUGGAUGAACAAGAAGAUAAAUAUGAAACGUGGCGAAUAGAUUUUGCCACCGGUUCCGCAAAAGAAAGCACAGUAUCAACGAUAUGUAACUUGUGGGAGAAAAUCUUUGGAGUGCCUUUGAUAAGCUGUAAUAACAAUAGUAAAUGCAAUAAUAGUGGUAAUGAUAACAACAACAGUACGGCUAGCGAUCAAGUUGAUGAUAGUAAUAGUGUCAGUAAUAACAAUAACUGAUACAUGUCGUCGUCUUUGGUUUGGUUACUUUAAGUGCGAUUCACAUACAACAUCCACGUCACGUUCACGUUCCGUCCCGUCACGUUGCGUCAAUUAUUCUUCCAAGCAGUUCUUAUGCAAACAUUCACAUACACCGGCAACGGCAACUUCGACUUGCCGUUGCUGGGAUAUGUGAAUGCUCCAAUAAGAAUUUCAUGGUAGAAUAAUUGACGCAACGUGACGUGACGGAACGUGAACGUGACGUGGAUGUUGUAUGUGAAUCGCGCUUUAGUCUUAAUACUGUGAGGCCCCUUCGAUUGAGUGUAAGAUAUGACGUUCAAUGUUGAAGUGAUAUUAGAUCUAAUCGUGUGUAUAAAAGUAUGUUGUCAUAUUCGUUUGUCGUUUAGGUAACAAAUCUAAAACAGUUAUUUUCCUUUUAAUUAUUCACGCAUGCAGUAACAAAACAAUUGCGAUUGUGAUUCAUAGUUAUUCAGAAUUGACAGAAUAAAUUCUACCGUGUGAUGAUAAAUAAAAUAUAAUAUACAAACAAA